UCUGCCUGGGUUUCCUUUAUGAUCCCGGGAUCUCCCACUUCCCUCACCAGACAUCAGCCAGCAACACAGGCGAACACAACUCUCCCUCUCUCACUCACCGCUGUCUCUACCUGCAGCUGCAACACAUCCAGAGACCACAGAGAGACCACCGACAACAGCCGGACCUCAGACGCUGGUGGCCCCUCAUCCACACCGAUAACACCCAGAGAGGAUCCCAAUAGGAGAAACUGUGCAGCCUGCACAAAAACAAAAACCGGAAUCUACGGCUUUAUUGAGCACAUAAAGCCACCGAGGAAGACUUUAAACUUCUUUUUAUCUCCGCUGGUGACCCUUCUCCGUCGUGCCACAAUGUCCGAGGUGCUGCCAUACAACGAGGGGAAAAUGAGCGGCUACGGUGCGGACAGCGAGGUCAGUCAGAUGUCCUUUAGCUGCGGACUGCAGGACACAAACGCCUUUUUCGCUGCGUCGCAGGCGAAAAGACCCCCAAAGCUUGGACAGAUCGGCAGAGCCAAGCGAGUGGUCAUCGAGGACGACCGAAUAGACGAGGUCCUGAAGGGGAUGACAGACAAGUCUUCACCCGGCGUUUAAACGUGAGCGAUGCCUUGCAAGACUUUUUUAAUUUUGAUCACCGAUUUGAAGCACUUGUCGGCUGUGCAUGUUCGAGGAUUGCGGGAGAAAAAACGACGGCACGAAGCGAGGAUGGUGUGACUGACGAAAGGCAAAAGAAAAGGGGGGAAAUGGAGAAAGGAAGAGAAAUGUCGAAGAAAGAAAUGAAGAGAGAAAGAGAGAGAGAGAGAGAGAGAGAGACUCUGGAAAAGACCAAGAUUUAUCAUGGGAUUGCUGGCAAUUCUCCAAACGAAUCCCGAUUUUAACUACUGCUACGCAGCAAGAUGUUGAGAUGGCGGACUCCGCUGUGUCUCAACCUCUGCUGACUUUAAUGAUGGAUGAACUUGUCAUUACUUCACGACCAUCUCUUUUUUUCCUUUCCAACAGCGCUGUAAGCAACAAAAUACUGCAACUGGAGGCUGAAGCUAAAUCCCAGCCCCAUUUCAAUAAGUUGUACAGUACAGUAGGUAGGCUAAGCUCUCAGACGUCCCCCUUCCUCCCCCUCCUUUAGGCUUUGCUUUGUUGAUUCAGUCAGCGACGGUGCAUUAAAGGGAGCUGUCCUUUCAGCACUGGUUCAAUGCAUUCCUGUUGCUGCUAACGCUUUUCUAAAAACAGACCAACCAAACUCUUGAGUCUGCUAAAUAGAGGAGACCCAUUGUAUGUAAAAAAGAACCCAUAUAUCCGAGGAUGGUGCAAUGUUAAUAUUUUCUGUAGUUGUUUUUGGCCCUUAAAGAGCAUUAGGCCACUGAUAAAACCAGGCUACAUUUAUGUAUCAGUGGUUUAAAGGUGCAGCGUGGCACCUCCAUGUAGCUUAUUUAAACCUGCACAUAUCUUUUGGUUUUUUGCCCCCUCUCUUUUUCUUUUAUUUUGUAUUUUCAAAUAUCUACAGAGACCAGCACAGAUAUGGAGAUCAUAGUAAAUAUUUAAAAUAAAAGUCAUGAAAUUGAUGGGAAAAAUUACGCUUUCCAUAAAUUUGGUUAUUUUAAUUUCAGCAAAUGAUUCGUGUUUCGUCCUCUAUGAGUUUUUUUCUCCAUCUAUUUGCAUGAACUUUCACUCCGGUGCCAACGCAGGUGCCACUACUCUUACCCUGGCACGCUUCUUUUUAACAAAAGUCAUAUUUGUAUUUUUAUAUCUAAAUAUUUGUUAUUUAAAUGAUAUGCUAGUCUAUCGUCUUACAAUUCAUCAACAGAAAUAUUUCUACUACAGAGAGGAUAUACAGAAUGAGACUAGGCUUCAAUGGAGAUGAAGCUGAGAUUUUGGGAUGGACUGGUCUCAUUCUAUAUCAGAGGUCGGGUGUUUUUUAAAGACUAACUGAAUGUGUCUGGGGUUUUUGCACACAUCAAUGUUAAACUAUUAUUAAGAAAUCGUAUACUGUGACUUGAGCUUCGUUGAUGAAUUUGUUAGAAAAUGGCAGUUUUAGAGUAUAUUGCACUGUUUACGAGUAUCCUCAAAUAACACGUGGUUAUUUGACCGAUUUUUGACAUUACAGUUUUUUGUUUUUUAAUUUUGUUUAUUUUGUACCAUUAUUUUAAAGAAACUGGAUAUGGUUUGUUGUGCAUGAAACCUUAAUAUUUUCAAUAAUGAAACAUUGUUUUAUGAAGCAAAAAAGCAACAAAAAUGUCAUGACAUUCUAAGAAUGAGUCAUUGUAUAUUAUGAUGCCAUUUUCACUGUAUUUGGUGAAUUAAUAAAUGGUGAAAGAAC